AUGUGCGUGGAUUAUACAGACUUGAACAAGGCAUGCCCAAAGAAUUUUUAUCCCUUGCCGAGCAUAGAUAAGCUGGUGGACAGCGCUUCAGGGAAUGAACUUCUGAGUUUAAUGGAUGCUUAUUCAAGAUAUCAUCAAAUCAAGAUGCAUCCGUCGGACGAAGACAAAACAACUUUUAUGACCGCAAGGGUGAACUACUGUUACCAAACUAUGCCUUUUGGGUUGAAGAAUGCAGGGGCGACGUAUCAGCGGUUGAUGGAUAGAGUGUUUGAAGGCCAAGUAGGAAGGAACAUGGAGGUAUACGUUGAUGAUAUGAUCGUCAAAUCGGUUCUGGGAUCGAAUCAUCAUGAGGAUUUGAUGGAGGCCUUCAGUAGGAUUCGGAAGCAUAACAUGAGGCUUAAUCCGGAAAAGUGUUCUUUCGGCAGACGGGGUGGGAAGUUUUUAGGCUUCAUGGUUACGUCCAAAGGAAUCGAAAUCAAUCCAGACAAGUGUAAGGCGAUCCAGGAGAUGAAAAGCCCAAGCAACGUGAAGGAAGUGCAGAGGCUAACCGGGCGUAUCGCGGCCUUAUCCCGUUUUCUCCCUCACUUGGGCGACAAGUCAGCCCCGUUCUUCAAAUGCCUCAAGAAGAACGCGGCAUUUGAGUGGAAUUCAGAGUGCGAGGAAGCUUUCACCCUCCUCAAGGAGAAGUUGUCCGCCCCACCGGUCCUUUCGAAACCUGUCCAAGGCCUACCUUUGCAUUUAUACCUUUCUGUUGGCGAUCACACAAUAAGCUCCGUGAUUCUUCAGGAGGUGGAUGGAGAGCAAAAGAUAGUCUAUUUUGUAUUGCAGAAGCCAGAUUUGUCAGGAAGGCUUGUCGCGUGGUCUGUGGAGUUGUCGGAAUAUGGACUGCAAUAUGACAAAAGGGGAAAGGUCGGCGCACAGACCUUAGCGGAUUUUGUGGUGGAGUUGACGCCGGAAGAAGGGGAAAAAUUGAGCACGAAAUGGAUAUUGUUUGUCGAUGGGUCUACGAACGAAAAUGAAAGCGGGGCUGGGGUCACGCUGCAGGGGCCCGGAGAGUUGGUGUUGGAGCAGUCCCUCAGAUUCCAGUUCAAAACCAGCAAUAACCAAGCAGAAUAUGAGGCUCUUAUUGCGGGUUUAAUACUAGCAAUUGAAGGGCAAAUUGACAGUCUACUAGUAAGAACGGACUCGCUGCUAGUGGCAAGCCAGGUCAAUGGGGAGUUCCAGGUAAAGGAGCCGGCCUUGAUCAAGUAUGUGGAGCGCGUGCGGCAGCUCAUGGGUCGUUUGCAACAGGUGGUGGUUGAAUUCGUACCGAGGACACAAAACCAAAGGGCGGACGCCCUAGCAAAGUUGGCAAGCACUAGGAAGCCUGGCAACAACCGGAGCGUAAUUCAAGAGACCCUUGUCAAUCCCAGCAUAGAGGGGGAUUUGGUGGCUUCGGUUGUUCGCCAGGAAACUUGGAUGAAUCCAGUCAUUGACAUUCUGUUCGCCCCUCCUAAGGUGUCUCCGCCUGAGAAGUACGAGGCUGUUGUGACGGAGGUCCAUGAGGGAGUUUGUACAAGCCACAUUGGAGGAAGGUCACUGGCGAGCAAAGUCCUUAGAACGGGUUUCUAUUGGACUACGAUAAGGAAGGACUGUGCGGAGUUUGUGAGGAAGUGCGAGAGGUGCCAAGUAUUUGCGGACCUACCCAGAGCUCCGCCAGAGCAACUAGCCACAAUCAGUUCCCCAUGGCCCUUCGCCAUAUGGGGAGUCGAUCUUGUCGGGCCCUUUCCCACCGCUAGGUCGCAAAUGAAGUUCAUCUUGGUGGCGGUGGACUACUUCAUCAAAUGGGUGGAAGUUGAGCCUCUGGCGAGCAUUACAGCGGCCAAAACUACAAGUUUUUACUGGAAGAGAAUCGUCUGCCGGUUCGGGUUACCAAGGGCGAUCGUCUCGGACAACGGAACGCAGUUCGCAAGUAAUCAAACCAAGGAGUUCUGCGAAGAGAUGGGCAUUUAG